UACGAGGUGUGAGUGGUGAUAGCUUGUGAUAAUAUCUUCCAAUUAUGCGGAAUUAAAGUGAAGCACAUGCAGUCUGUUAGAAACCACAAAAGAUAAGCAUCUUCCAAAAUUAAAAUGGGUGAAGAAAACAGCGAAGCUAUUCUGCUGAUUUCUUCACUGAUUUCUGCGUCCCAUUCCAUCAAAGUGUUCUCCGCCAAAUGGCAAUCCAUCCGACACAAACUGGAGGAGCUCUUCUCCAACCUCGCCGCCAUCCACAACUGGGAAUCCGCACUCCCUGCAGUUUCACACUCCAUCUUAGCCACUCUCAACCACUGCCACCAGCUCGCCAAGCAGUGCUUGGACCUCUCAUACAGCGGGAAGCUGCUUAUGCAGAGCGAUCUUGAUAUCGUUUCCGCCAAAAUCGACGCUCAUAUCAACAACAUUUUCGAUGUCUAUGCCGCGGGAUUGCUCACGCGCACCGACGCCAUCGUCGUGUCGCGCCCCACCGCCGCCGCGUCCAGGGACGACGUCCGAUUCUACGUCGUCGAUUUGCUCUCAAGAUUCAAGAUUGGGAGCACCGAUAUGAAGAAACAAGCGCUCCUCGCUUUCAAUCAAGUGAUUCAAGAAGAUGAGAGAUACAUAACGGUCGCUCUGCGCCUCGACAAUUUCGUUGGCUUUCUCGUGAACUUUCUUGAUUUUAAAGACGGUGAAAUCCAACAAGAAGCUGCGAAAUGUGUGUGUCUGAUUGCGGGGUCUGAGUCUUGGAAGAGCGCAUUGAUCGGUGCAGGGGCGAUUGCUCCUUUGAUUAGGGUUGUUGAAUCCGGGAACGAAGCGAGUAAAGAGUUGGCGGCGACAUGUUUGCUUUUACUGACGGAGAAUUCAGACAAUGCUUGGUUGGUCUCUGCUCACGGCGGGGUCACCGCCCUCCUGAAGAUCUGCGGCGGCGGCGACGGCGGCGAAUUGGUGGCGUUGGCUUGUGCGGUGUUGAAGAAUCUAGUCGGAGUGGAAGAAAUCAAAAGGUUCGUGGUGGAGGAAGGCGGGAUUCCUCAAUUUGUUAAUCUUGCGAAGUCGAAAGACGAAAUGAUCAAAAUUAGGUCAGUUGAUUUGCUACAGACAAUGGCUUGCAACGAUGAAUCGAUAAAAGAGAUGAUAAUCGAAGAAGGUGGGGUUCGAGCAUUAGUGCGAGCGUUGAGCCCAAAAUGGAGCUUGGCAACGAAAACAAGAGAGAUGGCAUUGAGAGGGAUCGUGAACAUAUGCUGUUCAUCGGAAACUUCGCUGCAUUUGCUGGUAAAUUAUGGUUUCAUGGAUCACAUACUCUACUUUCUCCGACACGGCGAGGCGUCUGUGCAAGAAUUGUCGUUGAAGACAGCGUUUUGGCUAUCCGGGACGUCGGAGGAAGGGAGGAAGGCGAUGGGGGAAGCAGGGUUCAUGCCUGUCCUAGUCAGAUUUCUCGAUUCCAAAUCAAUAGAAACUCGAGAGAUGGCGGCGGAGACCAUCUCCAGCAUGAUCGUGCUUCCCAAGAAUCGGAAGAAGUUCGUGCACAGUGAUCAGAAUCUGGGAUUGCUGCUGCGGAUGCUCGAGGUAAACAACUCAGGUAACAAGAAGCUCCUGCUUUCGAUAUUGAUGUCGUUGACCGCCACCAGCGCUACUGCCAGGAAGAAGAUAGCCACUUCGGCCUACCUUAAACACAUCGAGAAGCUUGCAGAGGCUCAGGUUCCGGAUGCUAAGAAGAUUCUCAGAAAGAUAUCUUCCAAUAGAUUAGGCAGCUUUCUCAAUGGAAUCUGGCAUUCUUGAAUCUCUUUAGACUUUUUUUUUUUUUUUUGUUCUGUUAUAUCUAGAAACAGUUUCUUUCCAUCAAUGUAGUUUGGUAGACCGUAGUACGUACAAACUGUGUGCAGCAGGAGAAGGUGAUGAUGAUAAGUGUUUCUAUGUUUUCUCUGCAUUUUGAAUCUUGCACAUGGUGUGGAAUCAAGUGGAGAUUGAGCAUGUUGACAUCAGUGUUGUUUGGCAGCAUUCCUUCUUUUGAUGAACAAAGAUUGUGAUAGACUAUCUACCUCC